AUCUGCUUUGCACGCUCUCAUCCCUCCAGAGAAUGAGUUCUAACCUCAUGGAGGAAAUGCCUUUGAGCGAGUCAAGUCCUCGAGGGACAGAGAGGCUCAGGAAGCCAUGGCUCUUCUGCAUAGUUGCUCUGUUGCUGAUGCUGUUCUGUACCUUGGGUACACUGAUCUAUACUUCACUCAAGCCAACUGCCAAAGAGCCCUGCAUGGUUAAGUUUGAACUAUUAUCCUCAAAAUGGCAAAUGACAGCUCCUGAACCUCACUGUGUGAAUAUGACAUCUGAUGGGAUGCUGGAGAUACUUCAGAAUGGCGUGUAUUUAAUCUAUGGCCAAGUGAUUCCUGUUGAUAAGGAAUACAUAAAAGACAAUGCCCCCUUUGUAGUACAGAUAGUUAAAAAAAACCAUGCCCUACAAACUCUAACAAACGAUUUUAAAAUCUUACCUAUAGGAGGGAUUUAUGAACUGAAUGCUGGAGAUACCAUAUAUUUGGAGUUCAACUCUGAAGACCAUAUUCAGAAAAGUAAUACAUACUGGGGGAUCAUUUUAAUGCCAGAUCUCUCAUUCAUCUCCUAGAGAUUGGGUUUGGUCUUCUCAUCUUCUUCAGUGUAUCCAGAGAUGCUGGUGGGUGGGCUGGAGGGGGUUGAUUGCUAGCAAUGUACACAGUUUGUGAGGGCUUACAAAUCAACACAGAGCCUCUUGGCAUAUAAAAGUUUAACCCUCAUAUCUGUCUGAAGAGGACUCAGCAAAUGAGCCGCAUCCCUAAUGUUGGGUCUGCAAGUGCACUUGCACAAUCUAUGAUAAAUGGAAUAUGGGCAGCAGAAGACAGAAACCCUUCCAAAGACUGUUUGCCCAACCUUGAUCCUUGGGUAGAAUGAAGUCCUGUUUCUGUGGAAGUCUUUCUUGGCUUGCAAAAAGGGUGUAGGGGCAGUAGCUUGGCCUUUUUUUCCAUCAUAAUUUCCUUGAGUUGUUUUACCUUAAUCCCUUCAAACUCACACCAUCUGAGAGCCUCCUAAUUAAAAGUUGUCAGAAUGGUGGGGUGGCCAAGACAUGCCAACAACACCUUUCUUUAGAGGUGGUGUUCUUAAAGGACAGAGAACAUUACAAAGCCUAUAGGGACAGAGGUCAAGAUGGCAUGAAAUGGAAUUGAUCUGGGAAAUUUUUUUUAUUUUGUUAUUCUCAGGAUGCAGGUUCAUUUUGAACUUUCCCCUAUGCCUUCGUUGCUCUUGUGUGUAUGUGUGUAUAAAUGCUGAAAACAGUAAAAUGAGAGUUUGCACCAGUACUCACUAGAUUCAACACCAGAAGUGGGUACUUCUCUGGCUGUCUUACACAACGAUAGCAAAUUUUUGGUUGGUGUUCCUUAACUUGCAAUUAUAACUGUUUUCUUGCACCACACAAUAAUGCUAUGAUGUUAGUCGGGUAGAUAUUUUUGGGAAAAUAAUUGCACAGUGAGAACAUGGAUAGAUGAAUCCUAAGACUCUUACCUCAACUCACAACUCACAAUGAAUUAAGUGAGUGGUGUUCUUCAUUAUGCCAUUCGCAUGGUCUCUGCUUUGAAACUGGUGUUUCUACCAUCACAAGAUAAAUCUCUAAAAUGGAAUAAGUUCAACUCUGAAGUGGACGCAUCGACUUUACUCCAAGGUGGCCAGAAUGAAGCUACAAGAAAGCCAUUCUUUUACCAGCAGACAUUUUCCUCUUCUUGCCCAGAGUAAGAAGAUCCAGGAUACUGUUGGAGGAGUCCAUCGCACUCCGGCAUGCUGACUUUUGAAAACAAUAAUGAACAUUUGUGUUCAGAGUUUGGACUCUGUUAAAUUUAGCCAGCUUGUGAGUUCUUGUUGAAAAGUAUUUUUAAAAAUUUACAAUAUUUAUAGGUAUUUGUGAAAAGCUAUAUAGUGAUAUUUUAUAUAAAACUAAUUUAAAAAUAUUUUUAUUACAUGUAACAAAAAUACUUAUGAUAGGCUAUUCUAUUUCUUCUUUUUUUUAAAUGAGUACUUGCUGAAUUGCCAUAGUGUACAAAGACUCUUGUGUCUGCAUAUCUUCUCAGGAAAUUAAAAUUAUAUCAUAUGUAUUUAUGAAAA